AGGCGGUGAUUUCUUGCUCCGAGUCCCCUCCACUCUGUGCUACACUCCUUGUGUUGUCACCCGAACCGGGAAUUGUCUGUGCUUCAGGGACGAACUAGCUUUACUAUCAGCAGAAAUGGCACCAAAGAAGGACCCUAAGGCAGCCGCCAAAGCACCCGCAAAGGCCGCAGAACCUGCACCAGCACCAGCACCCGAACCAGCCCCUGCACCCGCAGCUCCCGCUGUCGACCUGUCCGCAGUCAAGAUUGAAUUCAGCGCAGACCAGAUUGAUGACUACAGGGAGGCCUUUGGUCUGUUCGACAGAGUGGGUGACAACAAGGUGGCUUACAACCAGAUUGCUGACAUUAUGCGCGCUCUGGGACAGAACCCCACCAACAAAGAGGUCAGCAAACUGCUUGGAAACCCCAGCGCUGAUGACAUGGCCCACAAGAGAGUAGAGUUCGAAGGUUUCCUUCCCAUGCUCCAGACCAUCAUCAACAGCCCAAACAAGGCCGGAUAUGAGGACUACGUUGAGGGUCUUCGCGUCUUUGACAAGGAGGGCAAUGGCACAGUGAUGGGCGCUGAGCUGCGUAUCGUUCUGUCAACACUGGGAGAGAAGAUGACUGAGGCUGAGAUUGAUGCUCUCAUGGCCGGACAGGAGGAUGAGAAUGGCUGUGUCAACUAUGAGGCCUUUGUCAAGCACAUCAUGUCUGUUUAAGGACCCUGUCACUGCGUUGGUGAGCAUCGUGUAUGUGCAGACCCCAUGGUGUCGCGACAUCCACUCACUGUUUCCUGUACCACCUGAGGAAACAGGGGGAACAAAGGACUAUGAGAUGUCAUUUCCUGAACCCUUUUUUUUUUGUUUUGUUCUACACAUAUUUUUUGUCCAACUGGUGCUUUUCCCCCCUCCUCCUCCUGCUGCUCAGGAAGCCAUCCUGAUCUCCCCUGAGAUGUUUCUAUCCUCGUCUUCAGUCGUCUAAUCAUCUGUUUUUUUAAAACAUCACUGGCAAACACAGCAGAACAGUGAUGGAGGGGAAGGUAGGAUAACGAUGACCAUCACUCCCCUGUCACUUACCGUCUAGCUGGUUUUUGAUCUGCCAGCAAAGUGACUGAUUUGGCCCAGGACUGGCCAUCAAAACGUAUCUACUCCUAAACCAAACCCAUCCCUAGGUCUUAAUUUAUUGUAUCCUCUGCCAUUUCACAAUAAACUUUUAACAAACUCCCA